GCGAACGACGCACGUCCGCGCAGGAGUCUCUCGGGUGGGGUAUGUGAGUGGUGUGCCAUGAUGCUCGGUGGUAUGGACGGCAAGGAGUACGGGGCGCUGCACGCCGCCGCCGCGGCUGCGGGAUAUGCCAUGGAGGCUGACCCCAACAGCACGGGCAUGGGCUCGGCGGGCAUGGGGGGGAUGGGGGGCGCGGCGCAGCAGUACGGCGAGGUGAACCAGCUGGGCGGCGUGUUCGUCAACGGCCGCCCGCUGCCCAACGCCGUGCGCCUGCGCAUCGUCGAGCUCGCGCAGCUCGGCAUCAGGCCGUGCGACAUCAGCCGGCAGCUGCGCGUGUCCCACGGCUGCGUGUCCAAGAUCCUGGCGCGCUACCACGAGACCGGCUCCAUCCUGCCCGGCGCGAUCGGCGGCUCCAAGCCCCGCGUCACCACGCCCAAGGUGGUGUCGUACAUCAAGCAGCUGAAAGCGAAGGACCCAGGCAUCUUCGCGUGGGAGAUCCGCGACCGGCUGCUGGCUGACGGCGUGUGCGACAAGUACAACGUGCCCUCCGUCAGCUCCAUCAGCCGCAUCCUGCGCAACAAGCUGGGCGGCGCCUACCCCGUGCCGCCGCUCUACCCCGCGCCGCCGCAGCGCUGCUGGCCGCUGCACCAGCCCUACGACUAUUACGUGUACCUGCAGGGCCGGCCGCACCCCCCGCACCUGCCGCCCGCGCCGCCCGCGCCGCACCACGCGCACGCGCACGCGCUCUGACCGCCCGCGCUGUCUGUGUGUGAAGUGUCAAAGACUAUGUGAGAGCCGCGGCUUCGGCCAGGCUCGUUCCCACCGCGACCCCGCCGCGUCGGGCGAUAUAUGGAUCGCUCUGAUCUCUGGUGCUCUCCCUUAACUCAACUCAUCUCAAUAAUAAUUAUUCUUGCACGUGUCAUCACAGCCCCUAGAUCGUCCGGUCCUCCCACCAGUCCCACCAUCACUGUGCUCGUGUUUCGCUGCCGAGGCACAAUACACAACAGACACGAAGACUGAAUAGCACAGGUAGAUUGUGAUGUCCUCAUAUUCCAUGCUCCUGAGUUCGGCCGCCAUUCUCUUUGUUACGAUGAUUAUUAUUAGAUAAUAUUAUAUUGACUAGGUAAUUGUACAUUUACAGAGUAUUAUUAUGUAGGCUUGUACAUAGGCUUGGACGCGUAGGUCGGUUAAUACAUGAUUGUGAUAGUUUUAGGUUAGGUCGAGUGGGGUGUACGAUGUAAAUAUGUAUGGUGUAAGUAGAUGUUUAAAUCUAGAGUACUUAACACUUGUUCUAUGUAUAAUACAUUUAAUAUUAUGUUUAUAAAUAAAGAUAUGGUGGUCAUAAUUUAUGUGCCUUAUUCCUAAAAAAAAGGGUCUAGAGAAAAUACAAUGCUAUAAAAGUUAUCAAACUGAAAAGUUGAAAAAUAUGUUAAUUUGUAAAAAACGUGACGUAGCAUAAAACUCGAAAGGACAAAGGCAUAUUAAAAUAUGCUUCCAGUUAUAUUAUAUUUGUGUUGUAGUCUUACCAAGGACACCUUAUAUUCGUCGCUACGUCCGCGCGUCCGUCACUACAAGCUCGCGUGCUAACUUGCUAAGUUGUUGAGUUGGCGAGAAAUAACCUUGGUUAAUCUGUAUUGAGUUAACUUCUGACAUAAUACGCGUUUAACUCGUAGGUAAAUAAUCUGCGAGCUGUUGACAGGGAUUGAUAAACAAUAAUUAUAACUUUAUCUCUCUUAAGUAAAUGUGAUUAACCUUUCGUUCACCUCUACAUAUUUGGAAUAUCGAUAUUGUGCCUUAUUGAAAUACUUUUGAAGUGGUUAAUAUUCUUUAUAUUUAUGUACGAGAACUAUUUUCCCCUAGUCCAUACUUAUAACAUUAUUAUUCUUACCUUACUUAAUGAAUGCCCUUUAAGUCUAUAUAUAGUCGUUCAAGAUAUGCAUUGUAUCAAUUUGAAAGGAUAUAAUAUCAUAGAAUUAAUUUGUAUGCUUAAGCAAGAAUAUUCUCAAGAAAGUUCUGAUAUCAUGUAGGAUUAAGUUUAUUUAUUUGUUGAAAUUCUCUAGAGCUACCUCUGUAUUCCUUAGAUAGCUGUUAUCUACUACGGUACGGUAUAUAAAAGUGAGUAAAGGUUUUGUAUAUGUAUUGGUGUUUUUUAUGACCAUUUUGAAAACUUUUAUGCACCGCUGUACUACGGCCGCUAUAUGUCGGCACCGCUCUCCUAGGGAAACAGAGGUGCGGUAAGUCGGCACGGAUACUAUUGAUAUGAAUAAACGAAGUUGUAUUUAUA